CACUCUCCCAUGUUCCUGCACUCUCGGAAGCUGCUUUCUUCCUCUCUCUCUCUCUCUCUCUCUCUCUCUCUCUCUCUAUUCUCUCGUCGUGAAUCGUGUUGAUUUUUCUGAGUUGUUUGUAAGGUUGCACCUGUUCUUCUUCUUCUUCUUCUUCUUUAUUAUUAUUUUUUGUUUCCUAUUAGGUUUUUGCAGCUUUAUAUCUGGACUCACAGAAGGAGAAAAAAGCUAAACUCAGAAAAAGAGCUUGUUUUACUGUGACAGUAUACUGUCACACUGCAAAAGCUCUUCACCUCCUCUCAGCUAUACAUAAACCUAUACAUGACAUAUGCCAAAAUAUGUAAAACCCCAUUUUUAACCAACUAAUAUAUGUCCGUACGUAAACCCUCUAUAGUUGUAUAUGUAUAUAUAUAUAUAUAUAUAUACACGCGGCUUAUACAUAGAAUAAGCCUUCAUUCAUUGUCUUCUCUCUCCAUUUUUACAUCCCAGAUAUUUCGUAGUAUUUGAUAGCCCUAGAGCUAAGAGCUAGAGCUAUAGGGUUAUUGUUCUUUUAUUUCGUAGUGUUUUCUCUUUUUUAUUUUUAUUUAUUUUUUUUUUUUCUGGGUCUUGGGGGAGCGCAAUGACAAUGACUUGGUCUGACGCUGUCAAUGGCUCAACCCAAAAACCAACUCGCCCGGCUCGACCCAGCUACAUUCCUCAUCAUCUCAGGAACGUCGGUGGUGUCUCCGCUUAUCACAACGCUAACUCGUUUGGGUUCUCUACCUCCGAGUCAACUCAAUAUGGUUUCCGUUCUAAUCGCUUUGUUGACAGAGAAAACCAUGGACGAAGCGGUCCGAGACGUGGUGGAGGUGGUGGUGGUAGAGGCCGUGGGCGUGGUUAUGUCCGGCGGGCUCGCCACGAUAAGCAAUGGAACUCGUACCCAAACUCGAGCCAAAACCCAAGUCUAAUAAACCAAGACCCAUUUGAUAUCUGCGACAGAUUUGACGAGCUUGAUGUUGGUGAGGAGGAUGCCAAUGACGUCGGUGGGGGUAUCAACUUUGAUGCCUACGAUGAUAUUCCGGUGGAGGCUACUGGGUCUGAAAUUCCCCCGCCGGUUGAUACCUUUUUGGAGAUCGAUUUGGGUGAUCGUGUCAACAACAACAUCAAGAGGUGUAAAUACGUGAAGCCCACCCCUAUUCAGCGUCACGCGAUUCCCAUUGCCAUGGCCGGCCGGGACCUGAUGGCGUGUGCUCAGACUGGUUCCGGAAAAACGGCGGCGUUUUGCUUUCCCAUCAUCAGUGGUGUCUUGAAGAACAGGUGCGCGACGUCGCAGCCUCAGUUUUGUUUUAGUCGGACUGUGUUUCCUAGUGCUCUCAUUCUGUCUCCAACUAGGGAGUUGGCUAGUCAGAUUUAUGAGGAGGCGAAGAAGUUUGCUUUUCAAACUGGGGUCAAGAUUGCUGUUGCAUAUGGUGGGGCAUCAAUCACUCUGCAGCUCCGAAAUUUGGAAAGAGGUGUAGAUAUCUUAGUUGCCACUCCUGGGCGCUUAGUGGACAUGAUUGAUAGGGCAAGAGUUUCCCUUAGAAUGAUAAGGCAUUUGGUUGUAGAUGAAGCUGAUCGAAUGCUGGAUAUGGGUUUUGAGCCCCAGAUCAGAAAGAUUGUCGAGCAAUUGGACAUGCCUCAACCAGGAUCAAGGCAGACAAUGUUAUUCAGUGCUACGUUUCCAAAUGAUAUACAGAGGCUUGCAUCGGAUUUCCUUUCAAACUACAUAUUUGUUGCCGUUGGAAGAGUUGGUUCAAGCACUAGUUUGAUUGUGCAAAAGGUUGACUAUGUUCUGGAUAUGGAUAAAAGAAGCCAUCUUAUGAAGAUUCUUCAUACCCAAACAGCAAAUGGAAGCUGUGGAAAGUUGGUGCAGCUUGCUUUAACCCUGGUUUUUGUGGAGACAAAGAAAGGAGCAGAUGCGUUGGAAUGCUGGUUGUCCAUGAAUGGUUUUCCAGCAAUAGCAAUACAUGGAGACAAAGUGCAAAUGGAAAGAGAACGAGCUUUGAAAUCAUUCAAGAGUGGUGUCACUCCAAUACUGGUGGCAACAGAUGUCGCUUCGCGAGGCUUGGACAUUCCUCAUGUUGCCCAUGUUAUCAACUUCGAUCUACCAAAGGACAUAGAUGACUAUGUUCAUAGGAUAGGAAGAACCGGACGUGCUGGUAAAUCUGGACUGGCGACUGCUUUCUUCAGUGACAAGAACCUGCCACUUGCAAAGUCACUUGCUGAGCUCAUGAGGGAAGCAAAUCAGGAGGUUCCUGUUUGGCUUAACCAAUAUGCUGAGAGAUCAAUUAGUAGUCGUGGCCAACGGUUUGUAGGCAACAAAUUCGGUGGCUAUGAUUUUCGGAGUGCAAGUUACCGUCAUUCAAGCAUUUAUGGUGAUGUAGCAGAUUAUCAUUUGGAUGGUUCAUCAUGUGGGGUUUCUGAUGUUCCCGGCAGCAGUGAAUCUUAUUCUGCUAAUGUCUCUGCUGAAGCAUAUGUUCCUGGCCCUUGUGGAUAUGAAGAGAAUUAUGCUGGAGUUGUUGCUGGUGGCUGCGAGUAGAACUAUAUCUCUCUGUAAUUGACAUCUUUUUUGUACUUACAACAAGAAUAUCUCAGUUACAAAUGAUAGCUUAACAUACGAAUCCUAAAGACUAAACUAAAAAUUUGGGUGCUGAAAGUUGAAAUGGCUAAAAUGGUUAUUGGGUGCUUUUGAUCUC